AUGUCUCUGCUCUUUCCUGGGAGGUGGGAUUACUGCUGGCUGGUAAGUCUCAUCACGGAGGGACCGACAGUCACUGCGACGGUAGCGACUGCAACCAGUCCGUACCCAACCAAGAGACAGGCAGGCCAGGCGUUGAUGCCUCUAUUCCACUCCCACUUCAACGCAGAGACACUGGCUUAUCGGUCAUCAACGCGGUAA